AUGCGCGUGGAGCUCUGGGCGUGGGAGUCGACCAUUUCCAACACGUACUACCAGCUCGCCGCGUCCGAGGAGCUGCUCAAGAUCAGUGACUUGGGCUCCAUCGGCAACAGAAUCUCCUUUACCAAUUUCCGGUCCACGCGCAGCAGCCACCACGAGACUUUUAUCUGCGAACGGCUCGUGGAGCUCCGGCGCAUCUUCUUCGUGGGGUGGUCGAACAGCACGCGGGAGAUGUACGUCGAGUUCCCGUACGCCAUCGACGCCGAGGCGUUUAGCACCAUCUUUCUCCGCGUGCGAGAGAUGUUUCGGGGGUAUCUGGAAGUGAUAUCGUGGCCCGAGUAUAAGACGCGGAGACAGAAUCUGUAUAACCCUUCGGAAGCCGCGCUGCAGAAUACCGGCCGCCUCUACGGACCUGCGGAGCUCCUCAGUCCGACUUUCAGUGACGAGUCAUUGGCGGACGAGCCGGAGCAGUCAUCCGGAAGCAGCGCCGACGUGCAGCUCAAUGUGCCGCUUCCGUUGGGGGAACGUAACAUGUGGACAACGGUUGGAGCCGAUCAAACCAAGAAGCAUAGACGUGCCACGACGCGCACGCGGCCCUGCAAGAACGGCAUUCGCUGCAUCAAGCGGGGGACUGUCACCAUGUCGUAUUCCGUUGCGGCUUCAGGUCUAAGUCAGAUGGACUUCAUAAGGCCUCAAGUGCUCUUUGUGCCGCGUCAAUCCUUAUGGUAUCCUCGGACGCCAAAUCGUCCACCGCCUCAGCGACAACCCCAAACGGUGGAGACUCGUCCACGCCGUCUCGCGCAGCAAAAGGAAGACUUCCGCGGCAGCGUGCAGCACGCCUCCAUCGACCUCCUCGGGUCGUCCGACGACAUCGCCGAUGGCCUCCGAGGCGUCGAGGCCGAGUAUCUCUUCUUCGCGGCCUAUAUGGAGCGUGAGUCCGAACAGGAGAGCUGGGACGUCAAUGGGGACAUGCUGCAAAACUUCCUCGACGCGCUCGAGAAAGUGGGCGUCGCGCGCUCGCUCAAGCGCGUGGUCCUCGUCACGGGCGCGAAGCAGUACGGCGUACAUUUAGGGGCGCCGAAGAACCCCAUGGACGAGUCGGAUCCUUGGUUGACGGACGACAGGUUCCCUCCCAACUUUUACUACCGGCAGCAGGACAUCUUGAAGAAAUUCGGCGAGAAGAACGGCGUUCCCUGGACGGAGCUAGGCCAAGACCUCGUCUUCCCCGGCUCCGAAGAGUUCUACACCAAGUUCGACUGCUUCACCUCCGCCGAUCUCCACGCCGAGUUCGUCGACUGGGCGAUUGACCAAGACCAGACGGGCAACCAAGCCUUCAACGUCGUCAACGGCGACAUCCAAAGCUGGCAGAGCCUCUGGCCCUUGCUGGCUCGUCGAUUCGGCGUCAAGGUCAAGGAGGACCAGUUUGACGGACCCGCUGAGCUCAGGAGCGAGUCUACUCUCUGGGACACGCCGCCGCUCAGCGUUUUUGAAAAGGAGGCGGGCUUGAAGGGGAGGGUUCGACCGGGAAAGUUGCAGCAAAAUAUCGACAUUGUCAAGUGGAGUGAGCGAGAGGAUGUGCGACAGGCGUGGGCCCGCCUCGCUGAACGGCACGGUCUGCAGCAGGAUGCGUUGGAAAAGGCGACCUGGUCGUUUUUGGCGCUGGUUCUAGGAAGGAACUUUGACCUCGUGAUCAACACGACCAAGGCCCGCAAGGCGGGCUGGACUGGGUCCCCCGCAACCCCCAUCACGGUAAAACACAUCGACUUUGCCAACUCCCCGCUCACAGAAUACGAGGGCUGCACCGCCGUCAUCCUCGAGAAUGUGUUGUCGCAGGAGGAAUGCGACCAGCUCCUCCAGCUCGCCGAGGCCUCCGUUCCCAUCAAAGGAAACGAGUCGCCGUGGAAACCAGCCUUAGUCAAUGUCGGCGUCGGGAUAGAGACUGCCGCGCCCGGCUACAGGGAGAGCGACAGGAUCGUCUGGGACCAGCAGGAGGUGACGGAUCGCAUCUGGGCGCGGUGUUGCCUGGCUGAAGGAAUCCAGGAGCUCACCGCAACUGUCCCGGCUGGUUCUAGGGACGGCGUAGGUUCGUGGAGGGUGGAGCGUUGCAACAAGAGGAUGAGGUUUCUGAAAUACUCGCCCGGUCAAUUCUUUAAGCCCCAUGUCGACGGCCCUUACUGGUAUGAGGAUAAGACGGGCGACUACCAAACCCAGUACACCGUUCACCUGUACCUGAACGACUCGGCGGAAGUCAACCCCGAGUCGGACCUGGUCGGAGGGGCCACUUCAUUUCUAGUCCGAGACCCCCGCCGGGGCCGAGUCGACGUGAACCCGAGGGCGGGCAGCGUGCUGAUCUUCCAGCACAGCGACCUACUUCACGAAGGAGCCAAGGUGACGAGCGGUGUUAAGUACACCGUAAGGACAGAUGUAAUCUAUAAAUGUGACAACUUCAACCCUACCUACCAUUUCAACUCAUCCGGAAGAGCUGGCGUCGAGCGUGCCGAGUUGCCCACCGCCUCUAAGAAUGACAGUGCCCCUCAUCCGACCCCCGAGGGCUGCGAGGGCCGGAAACCCCAUCCCUUCGCCUACGCACCCCUCCCGACGGUCACGUCCGUUCGGCUGCUCAAACUACAGAUGGACCCAAUCAACUCCGCCUUGGACAUAUACCGUCCCGUCCGCUGCUCUCUCGAGGUCAAGGACCUAAAUGACGGCCCCGUUUAUGACGCUCUAUCCUACACCUGGGAGUGUCCCGUCACCAUUUACUCCGACCCCAGCGACGUCUCCCCGACGCCGCGAGGUGGUGGCUUGGCUAGGGGUGAGGACAACUUCUCCCGGGCGGGCCUGGACACCCUCUUCAAAAUCAGCAGCCUUGAUAGCCAGCGCGCCGAACAACUUCUGACCUACAACACCUUCCGCGACUCCGGCAUAUUGCGGGGCUCCGAGCUAGAAGGAGUCCGCAUGCGGGAAUGGGCCGCCGCCUACGCGGUUCUAUGCCGGUCGUGGUUUUACCGCGCGUGGGUAGUGCAAGAGGCCGCGCUCUGCGACCGGCUGACUGUUUCCUGCGGCUCCCUCAUCUUUCCCGUAGAGGCGAUCUAUAAAGCCGUCCAGAAUAUGGUUGAAACGGAUAAAAUGACCACCCUUUGUGGUAUUAUGGAAGGGUAUAUGAGCAAAGAGGAUUCGGCUGCCCGACAGAAUGUGUUGAAUGCAGAGCCUCAACCGUGUUUCCGAAUCUAUCGGCCGAAUGACGUGGGGUGGUUUAGGCCUCAAAUUUUCCGCUCGCUUAGCUAUCUGAGAGUUUUCGAAUUUGGGUAUACAUCCCGCGUGUACCGGCGGUCUGCCAUCCCCGAUAGUCAGCCUCUAGUGUUCGGCAGCGUUUUAGGUGCGUUCCGGGGGCAGAAGGCGUCUGACCCGAGAGACAAGGUGUACGCCUUCCUCGGAAUUAUCCAGGCCUUGCCGCAUGGCGAUCAAUCUUCUCAACUUCUCGUUCCUGAUUAUACCCAGCCUGUAGAGGCCGUAUUCCGGGAUACGAUGCGGCUCCUUCUCUGCUCUAAGAGACGAGUCACUAGGACAUAUGGCUUUGCGAACUUUUUAGCCCUUGGCGUGGAUAACGAGGAAAAUUCGCUUCUGGCAUUGCUUCUAGAACUGCCGGAAAUUUCCGAGAUCCAAGUUCCUGUCAUGACACCUAGGCUCAAGGAAUAUCUCCGAGGUUGCGGUCUUGUGCUAGAAGAUGGCGUCCGCCAGCGUAUUGCCAUCCAGGAUGAAGGGAAGGUAUCCCGCUGCGGGGAUAUCGGCAACACUUUCCACAACCUUUGGAAACUAAGCCUAUUUGGGAAUAUCAUCCAGGCUUUGAAUGUGCUAAAGACGAAGUUCGGUCUCGCGCAGGAUGCCGUUGAGUGUCUCCACCUGCCGUUAGCUAACGGGAAUCUAGGUGUGAAGGACUGGGAGUCCUUAAGGUCCACCAUAUCCCUAAUGUACCCCAUGCUUCUCAUGCUAGGAGGGUGCGACGAAGUUCGGCUGGGAGACGAGAUGUUACCCUCCGAACUGGCCGACAUCCUGGCCGAGCACGAGGUAGUCCGGCUCGAAGGAAAAGCACAGCCAGGGCAGAAACCCAGGCAAUUUUUGACGGAGAUUGGAGCUUUGCUCAUGAUGGAAGGCUGCACGAGUUGA